GCACUAGGAAUGGAAAUAUCAAAUAUAGAAUAUAUAUCUAUUUAGGUAUAAAUAUGUUUUUGAGAAAUAUUUACAUGGAAUCUCUAAUAUUUUUAUUAACCUACAUUUCGCUCUGCGCUGCUAUUCUGCCGCCCGAAAAUUUUGAUACGGAUAAUGAUCAAUGUUUAAAUAUGGACAUAACAAAUUGCUUGGAUGAUUCUUCUUAUAAUGAUUUACUAUUUCAUAACUCGCGGCCAACUAGAUAUAACAUAAAUUUACAAAUAUUAUAUCCAUAUUGGAAUAGAGUCUACGGUAUAGAGAGUAUUAUAAUCAUUGUUGAAAAUCCAAUUAGAGAGAUAAGUUUCCACACUUAUGGAUUGUGUAUUAACAGUCAGAUAAGUCUAAAAGCUAUAAAUAUUUCCUUAUUUAAAAACUAUGCGCUUAUUGGCUACCGUUAUUGCAAACAAUCGCAGAUUUUGGAUUUGCGGUUUGAUAAAAUAAUAGUUCCUGGAAUUUAUAACUUGACAAUCUACUUCCACGUUGAUUCUUUUCCUUGGAAAGGUGUAAUUAAAUACGAACACGAGAAAAGUGGAACAAAUUUUGUGGAAGGAAGGUUAAUCAUCUUCCAAAGUAACAUGGCUCGGAGAAUAUUUCCAUGUUGGGACGAGCCCGGAUUAAAGGCAAUUUUCAAUAUAUCUGUUAAAUAUUUCAACAAAUUUAGAGCCUUCUCGAAUAUGCCCACAUCAUUCGGAGGACACUGUGAUUCACGUGCAUGCUGGAGAUAUUUUAAUGAUACGCCUUUGAUGUCUCCUUCCAACGUGUUUAUUGCUCUGCUUGAAGACAACGUCAGACUUAAAAUUAUUAAAGUGGAGACUGAUUUCUUUUGGUACACGUCGCAAAAGAAGAUUCUAAAAGAUGCAAUAGGAGCAAUCGUACUUGUCAAUUCGUAUUUGAUGUCCUUUACGAAUUUAUCCAUUCUAUUGCCGAGGAGGGAUCAUAUAUUCUUCCCAGAUAAUAGAAUAAACUCAAUGGGAUGUUUUGGUCUUAUGAUAUAUAGCGAAAAGGAUGUUCUAUAUCAUGAAAAUUUCGAUUUCCCUGGUCGCAAGGUUUAUAUCCGCAAGGUAAUUUCACACCAAAUGGCACGUCACCCGUUUACAGCAGUGGUUACUCAGUCUCGGUGGGCUGACCUGUGGAUAGGCGAAUCACUAUCGGAGCUUUACAGUCAUUAUAUCAUAGAUAAGAUUUACAGCGGUUCGCAAUUAAUGGACCUCUAUGCAAUCGAAAUUCUUCAGUCAACAUUUCAGUAUGAAACUAACUGUCAGAUGAGAGCUCUUUCCAAAUAUAAUGUACGAGUCGCGGAUGAGAUUGAUGUUGUUCUCUGUUCUCGUUGGUAUUAUAAUAAAGGUUUCGCUCUCUUACGUAUGAUAGAAUAUAUGAUGACACGGGAUAAAUUUCAACUAGCUGUCAAAAAAUAUUUGGACGAAUUUAAGUUUCGUUCAGCCACACCUUACGAUUUGUGGAUCAUUCUACAACAUAUUCUUAAUAACACAGACAAUCAAGAGUUUAGAAUUAAGGAAAUUAUGGAUACGUGGUUAGAUCAAAGAUACUAUCCUGUCAUGCACGUCUUUUACGAUCCUAAAAAUAAUACAGUGAGAUUAAAUAUCACUGGUAGUGCCGACAUGACAAAAUCCACAUGGAUAAUACCAAUAACUUAUAUUUUAUAUCACUCCGCGGGUUACCACUUGACUAGUGAUAUUUGGAUAACUAGUUCCGAAAUUGCAAUGACUAAAAUAGCGCCGAAUAUUGACUUUGUUUUAUUUAAUGUAGAACAAAAUGGAUACUUUCGCGUGAAUUAUGAUGAAGAAAGUUGGAAUCGAAUCGAAAUUUUCUUGCACUCUAAUAAUUAUAAUGAAAUAAAUGUCCUCAAUCGCGCGCAAUUGAUUGAUGAUGCAUAUUACUUUAUGACACAAGGCUGCGUAUCUUCAUCCAGGUUCUGGAAAAUUGUAAGCUACCUAAAGCGCGAUGUAAAUUACGUAGCCUGGUAUCCGAUGUUUAAUAUUAUAUCCUUCAUGUGGCCUAUUUGGAAUUAUCGGGAAGUGGAACAUAUCAAGGAAAAUCUACGUCAAAUGUUGGACGGCUUAUUUGAAAAUUUGGGAUAUGAAGAAGAAAAAGUUGAUGAAGACAAUAUGUACAAGACAUUGAGAUUAUUAGCAACAAGAUGGGCUUGCAAGUUAGGACAUAAAAAUUGUCAAGCAGUUGCUACGAGAAAAUUAUCUGGGCAUCUCUUCGAUCCUGAUAAUAACAAAAUUUCACCAUGGUGGAAGGAUUGGGUAUAUUGCGCCGGCAUGAUUUCGGCCAACAAACUUAUAUCGCAGACGCUGUUUAAAAAAUACAAAAAUAUCACGGAUAUAGAUAUUUUGAAGUACUUGUUUUGCUCAGAAGAUGCACAAAUUAUCGUAAAGUAUAUGAAUGAAAUGUUGCUUCUCGAAUUUGCAAAUAUAUUAUUAUAUAACGAUAUGAAUGAACUUUAUCGCAUUGUCAUAAAGAAACACAUACGGAAAGAUGAUGUUCUGGAACAUAUCAUAAAAAAUUAUUUGAAGUUAGUGACAUGGUGGCUAGACACUUCUUUAAACAUAAAACUAUUGGGUGAAAUGAUAAUGAAUGUAUAUUUAGAUGAACAUUUCAAUAUAAUUACAAAAUUUGCAGAAGAUAAUGCUUAUUUACUAAAAAUAAACACGAGUGACAUAUAUAUAAUAAAAUCAGCGCAAAUACAAAGAAUUUUAAAAAUACGAAAAAUAAUUUAUCCGGUUUGAAUGAGAUACAGGAAGACAUAUAAUUUCUGGACGAGCGAGUUUACAACAUGUAACAAAGUUCAAAUGAACAUAGUGGCCAACCUGAAGGUUAUUGCAAAUAGGGCAGUGAAUUGAGAUGUCUGUUUUUAAAAUUGUGAAGUUUGUUUUUUAUAAUUGCAUUUUUAUUGUAUUUUAUUAUCACGUUAUUCUCACAUAUUCAUGUUUUUAUUGUUCUUACAUUUUUUGUUUUUAUUAUUAUUACAUUUUCAUAUUUUUUAUUUAC